UGCAACCAGUACGGAAUUACAUGCGCAAUCCUGCCGUGAAUCAGACAUCACCACGGUAACAGAACGGUAUUCACCAUUCUCUGCUUUUCCCGUAAACAUCCGCGACGCAAACCUACCUAUCAUCAUCCUCGCACGCAAUCGUCCAGGCAGGCAGACAUGGUGAAGCUGGGCAGUAACCUUGCUGAUAAGCUGGAGAAAGAACAGUCUAUGGAUGAUGGCUUUGAUAACAUCCCCCUCAUCACCCCUCUGGAGGUGAACCAGCUGCAACAGCCGUACCUAGACAAGGUAAUCGUGAAGACCACAACAGAGUAUCAGCUGCAGCAGAAGAAAAAGAAGAAGUUGUACGUGCCGGGAAUCAGGAAGCUGAAUAUAAAACUGUACGACGAGGUAUCAGAGAAGGUCAAGCUCACAGGUUUGAUCCUCAUCACCCUUGGGUUCCUGGCUUGUCUUCUACUGCUGGUCAUGUACAAGGCUCUGUGGUACGAUCAACUUACCUGCCCAGAGGGCUUCGUUCUCAAGCACAAGCACUGCACCCCAGCAGCAGUCCUGGAGCCCUGGUACUACACAGAGCAGCAGCAGGAGGAGGACCCAGGCGUGGCCCCCCGCUCCAGCAGUCUCUACACCGCCCUGGGUCACCUCAACCAGGCCAAGAGGACCACCACCGGCGCCAUCAUCCCCGAGCUGCCCCCGUCACCAUGGUUCCCCGUCAUCAACGCCCUGAAGCAAGCCGAGAGGGCCAAAGAGGAGGCGAGUCGUUCGAAGGAAUGAGGGAUGCAGGGCUUUCUAGAGGGAAAGGGUUUAGGAAGGGGUGAUGGCGAUAGAAGGGAAUGUGAGAUCUCCAAAAGGAAGGGUUAGGAAGAGGGGAUGGAGAUGGAGAUAAGGAAAAAAGUGUUGUUUACUUGGGGGAGUUCCAUAUGAGGUAUUGUGGGUAACGCUCCAAAUGUCUCUUUAGGUGUCAGCGUAUGUGACUCAUUUGCAGUAAAGUUAAUCUCUCUAUGACGUUAUCAGUGAGGACCACCGCCUUGUGUUAUGUGUGUGCGUGCCUGUGCGAGAGAGAGAGAGAGAGAGAGAGAGAGAGAGAGAGAGAGAGAGAGAGAGGUGAGAGAUGUGCGUAUGAGAAGCUUUGGAGAACUGAACAUAAGAAGAUUCCCUGAAAUUCUCACUAGAUCGUCCUCAUCAGACUGAUAUGAUUUCAGGUUUUCAUUUGAUUCUGAACUGAAUGUAGAGUAUCAUUAGUAAAUGUGGUCUUACAAGGUUUAGUGUUAUUACGUUUAGAUCGAUUAAUAUCCUAAAGGUUUAGAUCUAGUCAUGUCAUGUCCUACAGGAAAAACAAGACAUGUUUUUUGUAGAUUUUUACAUACACAGUACUGAAAUAAAACGUUGUGUUCUGUUCAGGAAGCACACAGCCCACAUUAAUUUAGAAACCUGAUUGUAAAAACCUCAGUAGAUUUUCCAGCAACUAUGAAUAAUUUGUGUAUGAGGAUUUUGGUACGAUUGGGUACGAUGAUCUUGUAUAUUUGGGUUAAUGUCAUUUCCAUUCAGAUGAUUUUGAAUGUAGUAGACUAGCAGCUGUACAGGUAGGAUUAAUGUUUCAUAAUUCAUAUUUUAACAUAACAAUAACUACCUAGAGUAUCCGUAUCUUUGUGUUUUCUAGUAUUUAUUUAACUACCUAUUUAUUAUAUACUUAUUUAUAUUUUAAGCAAUUUAUUUGCAGAUUUUUUGAUUUGGGUGAAAAGCUGGCAGGAUUUAUUUUAAUAUUUUUUGAAUUAUUUAUUUUGGGAUUUUUUAAAUAGUGAAUACAAUGCAAUGUGAUUCAUAUCAAGUUUGCAUUAAUCAUAAUUCAUUACAAUAACUGGCAGUAUUUUUACCAUGGAUCAGAUUGUAAAUAUGAAUGUGAUCCUGUCAUUACGUCAUCAUUCACCACCCAGUGUUUAUAAACCUUGUUGUGUUCUGAGUGCCAAAUGUUUAUGUCAGACCCAUCUGCUCUGAUGUCAUCAAUAAAGUGUUAAGCUUUCUCAUUCCUAA